AGAGCGGCGAGAACGCAUCUCUCUGCUCUUUACGAAUGCAAACAACUUAUACGGAAUCAAAAUGAGCUUCAAAGAUAUAAACGGCUCAGAUGUUUCGGGACAAAAAUGUGACGUGUGAUGUGGUGACCCGGUGUAUUUUAUUGGCAGUGUUAGAUUAUGUGGUUUAAAGGGUUAAGGUCUAAUUCGUAGACAAUUUCGUUUACGGAAUCGGUAAUAUCGUUAACAUAUUUGCCAGUUAAUGUGAACUUAAUGACUUUUUAUUUUAUAGAUUGGCUGUCGAUUUUAAUGAUAGUAAUGAAUGUUUUAGAAGCACCAGAAUGUUAGGUUAAAAAGUAAUUACAAGAAGUAACACUUGAAGUGUGACCAGGACAAAAAAUUCCUAACAUGGCGAUCAUAAUCCGUGGAGUAUGUCUUCGGACUGGAGCCCUUGUGCUGGUCGCGGUGGGAGACGUAUCUGCGAGGGUCGCGGGGAAAAUGGGUGGCUAUUCAAAUAAGAUGGGAGGUAAGUCAACCAGUGGAAUAAAUGAAGAAAUAAUCUGGAUAAGUAUCAGCAUGGCGAUUGCGAUCGCUGUACUUAUAGCCAUUGCGCUCUGCUACAUCUUGAAAGAAAAAUGUACCAAACGACAGGCUUACAUGGAGCAAUCGUGACGAUACAAGGAGGAGUUCGCACGUAAUGCUCUAGCGGACUCCCUUUCGGAAUUAGAAUUCCCCGCCUACACUCUCUACCCUCAGUAUUCCCCCGAUGGAACGGAAUACUUCUACAAUUUUCAUCGCUUCACCUACCUGAGAGACAGUUUUAAAUUACCACCAAAAGACUAUCCUUCGUGUGGAAAAGAUGAGAUAUACAUCAACGCGUGAUUUUGUCUACACUAGUGCAUACUAAUAUUGUAAAGGGAUAAUAUUUGAAAGUGAAAUCUUCUUAAACACUCAUCCGAUAGAAAAAUUCUUAAACCAAUAUUCAUGCUGUUAUUGUCAUAUUAAAAUAUUUCUAUUAAAAAUUCAGUAACACUUUUUAAGUAUCUUUUAUAUAUAAAUUAAUUUGAAAUAACUUUUCUUAUAAUAAAAUGCUAAAGGAUAAUUUUGAAAUAUGUUUGUUUCAAAAUAAGAAAAUUAUUCCUCACCCUCACCGUGCGAUAAUUACUUUUUAUUGGAUAUUGAAAGAUUAAUUUAAUAUAACGUCAGCAAAUAAUAUUUUUCUAUAUUAGAUACAACUUAUUAUAUUUGUUUAAACUACAAUUUAUUUUACUAUAUUUAUAACGUGACGAUUUUUGCGAUAUUUUUUAAACUUUUUAUGUUUGGUGUAGAAAUCAGGUUAUUAUUUUGGUAAAGAUGACAAGAAAUAUUUUUUGAUCUAUUCUUAUUUUAUAUGCCCUAUCUGUUUUAACGGAUAACGUAUAGUUGGAUAAACUUAUUAAAGUACCUUACGUGAUACGGAUAUCAUGAUACGGUUAGCUUAGUAUUUUUCCGGUGAAAAUAUAAUUUGAUAAAUACCUUUCGGAUGGAAACGUAAAAGUUUUUUAUAUCCAACUAUUCCGGUUAUGUUGAUUCUGGAAACCAAAUAGUUAUUACUGAUUUAUUACGUUUGUGUGUACCAAUUUAUUAAAAAGGUGGUUUGUGUGUUUCCUUUGUGUUUUGUAUUUAAUAUUUAUUAUAUAUUUCCACUUGCAUGUCAAAAUUGUAAUCAAUAAGUACAAGUUUCGUGAGGAUAAAACCACGGGUAAACGCUAGUUGUAGAUGUCUUAUAAGUGAAUGUAUCAGAUAUAUGUGUGUAGAUAUUAGAUUUAAAUUAUUAAAUAUUUUAUUGGAGCAAAAGGAAUGAGAUUUCUUGAUGUUUAAAAAAAAUAUUGAAAAUAUUGUAUAUUUUGUUGAACCAUUACUUACGUAAAGUUGUGACAGUGAUAAAUUUGAAUUAAACAAUUUGCUAUUAUACAUAUAUAUAAAGUUAAGUAAAAUACAAAAAAAAUUGUUGUAUAUGUUUGUUUAAUUAAAAUAGAUUUUUACUUUCAGCA